ACUGACCAACUAACUGACUAACUGACUGACUGAUCAGUUGAAAGCAGCUCAGUGACUGAGAGCUGAGAAGCAGCGCUGGAUAUUUGAUUGUUGACUGACAACAGGUGAUUGAUUAUUGAUUGACAGCUGUGGACAGACUCAUUCUGUCCGUCCAUCGAUUCGUCUUCAUCCAAUCAGAGGGACAGAUGUCCCAGAUGUCUCCGGUGUCCCAGAUGUCCCAGAUGUCUCCGGUGUCCCAGCUGGUUGUCAGGGCGAUGUUUGGAGCAGUGAGCGGUGCAGGUCUGUUCCUGGGCGUGUCCCACAGCCUGCCGCUGACCUUUGACCUGCAGCUGGCAGCAGCAGCUGUGUGUGUUGCUGUGUGUGCGGUGGGCGGAGCCUUGUCCCCGUCCUGCAGGUGUUGGGUCCUGCUGAUGUUUCCCAGCAUGCUCGGCUCCCGGGGACGAGCGUACCUGACGCUGCUGCUGCUAUCCGUCCUCUAUGCAGGUCCGGUCUCUAACGUGCAGCAGAACGUGGAGGCGGCUGCUCUGUCUCUCACCUGUAAUCUGGACCUGCAGGUGCAUAACAGCCGGUUGCUAUGGAGACACGCUGUCCAGCCGGUCCUGCUCAUCACACAGGAGCUCAUGGACGAUGAGGAAGAGUUCCAGUCGGAGACUCGGGGCGUCAGCAGGACGUUCCAGGACAUCAGGGACGAGGUUGUCCUGCAGUACGGAUACGACCGGUUCAGACCACAACACGCCGUCGCCCCCGGCAACAGCAGCACGCAGGACCAGUUCACCGCCAAGACCAGGAGGCAGUGUGACAGUGUGGUGAAUGACGGCGUCCAGAGGUGUUCUGAUUGGUUCGGCCUCAGGUGGGCAGAGUGUAUGGAGGCGGUCCACGUCCCCGUCAUCAACCACGUCUUCUGUGUCUCCAUGAAGUUCACCUUCCUCUGUGAUGUCAUCAGAGUGAUGACUCCUUGGUGCAGGGAGCAGAUUCCUGUGGAGGGGAACUUCGGUCAGCUGUUCGACCAGCUGAACCGUUCUGUCGACCUUCUGUCUGGAGAGUUCAGCAGUAAACUCGUCCUGCAGGAGGCGCAGCAGCAGGAGGUGCUGGGUGGAGCUCUGCUGGAGGAGGAGUUCACUCAGGCUGUGAGAGGAUCUUUCAGGAGGCUGAGGGAGAACAUGCAGGCACUGCGGGACGUCCUGCAGCUGCUGCUGUCCUUCACCUUCAUCACCGUCUUCACCCAGGCUCUGUGUUACCUGCGUCGCUACCAGUCAGACCUCCAGUUCGACAACGUUUACAUCACCUCGUACUUCAGACGCAUCGACGCCCGCCGGAGGAGAAAGGGUCUCCUCUGUGUGCUUCCUCUGUCUGGUGGUGAUCUGGUGGAUCCGUGGAGUCUGAGGAUCCGGUCUGAGGAGCUCAGUCAGCUGAGCUCAGGUGUGUUCCAGGUGCUGUCUGUCUCUCUGCUGUGUGUCGUCCUGCUGACCGUCGACCUGUCUCUGUUCCACGUGUUGGACAUCGUCAGCAGACACACACACACACAGCUCAACCUGACCAGUGGUCACCAGGUGGACAUCAGAGUGGGCGGAGCCUCCAUGAUGGCCCGCCUCCUGAGGAAGACGGUUUCUGCCUUCAACAGUUCGUCAAACCUGAAGCUCCACGCAGACACCCGGGUGUGUGUGUCCCCCCCCUCCCCCCUCUCCACAGGUGUGUAUGUGAGCUGUGUGUGUUGUGUUCUGCUGCUGCUGAUCUGCAGCUUCCUGCAGCUUUACACACACCGACUACAGAGAGAGAUCACCGCCAGGUACCACCCACAGAGGGAGAAGAAGCGAGUCUUGUUUCUUUAUAAUCUUCAGGUCCAGAAGAAGAUCUCAGCAGCACGCAGGAAGUGUGUGACUAAAGAAGAAGAGGAGCUGUGAUUCUGUUUCAUCAUUAAACAUC